AUGAUCGGGCCUACAAACGACUACGUCAAUCCUCAACCAUACAAGCCCGCCAGUCUCACCCGCCAAUGGACGCCUACCGUGAGUAAGAACCCAUUUAUCGAGUCAUUCGUGAACACGGCUAAAAGCCAUCUCAACGCCUUCAUCAAUAAAAACACGGGAGAGACAACCAAAGACAACUUGACUAAAACUGAACGAAUAGCAAUUAAGGAACUCAACAAAAAUCAAAACAUCACCAUCAAGAAAGCAGAUAAAGGCGGCGCAACCACUAUAAUGAACACUUCCGACUACGUAGCAGAAGCAGAAACUCAACUUACGAACAAUGAAUUUUAUAAGCUACUUGAUGCUGAUCCCACUGUACGUUAUUGUAAUGAACUGACUUCUCUUUGUACUGAGUUAUCUGCUAACACUAGUGAUUUAAUUAAGGACCUUAUUCCCCUCAACCCCCGCCCUGGCACUUUCUACACCAUCCCGAAACUCCACAAACUCCCCAAGCUUCUAUCUGAUAAACUUAAUUCACUUUCCCACAAUGCUAGUGUUAGUAUUCCAUCCGAACAGAUUAAACUGUUCAACCUAGUCAGGACACACAAAAUUACCCCUCCCGGUAGACCUAUUGUAUCGGCUAUUGGUACACUCACCGAACAUUUAUCUGGAUACAUUGACUCACUUUUACAGCCUCUCAUACCUUCAAUUCCUAGCUUUGUCAAGGACACUACACACUUUCUGAACAUUCUCGGAAAUACCCCCAUCCUUCCUAACAAUUCAUUGUUGGUCACUUUGGACGUAUCCUCUUUGAAUAGCAUUAUCCCCCAUGAUGAAGGCCUCCAAGCCCUUGCUACAUUUUUACCACAGCACUCGUUUUCACAUGAACACACUAAUGACAUAAUCUCCAUAACUAACUUUAUCCUGGCGCACAAUAAUUUCACUUUCAAUAAUAAACACUACCUCCAAAUUAAGGGCACUGCAAUGGGAACCAAAAUGGCUCCGAAUUAUGCCAAUAUUUUUAUGUCCAUUCUUGAAUCCAAACUCAUUGCUUCAUUCCCUCUUAAACCUCUGUUCUACCGACGUUACAUUGACGACAUUUUCAUAAUUUGGCCACACGGCGAAUACAACCUUAAGACAUUUAUGGAUCAU